AUGAAUUUUGAAUUUGAGAGGGAGAUCGGGUUUAUAAAUAGCCAGCCUUCGCUCGCAGAGUGCCUGACGUCUCUCCCCGCUGUCCUGGAGACAUUUCAAACUUCAUCAAUCAAGGACUCGACAUUAAUUCCUCCUCCUUUUGAGCAAACCGUCCUCAGCCUGAAUCCUUGUUCCAGCAGCCAGGGAAGACCGAGGAGCCAAAAAAGAGCAUCUCAUGGCCUGCUCCAGCCCCAGCCUCCGGCACAGCCCGGCCCCUUGGCAGCGGAAUUCCCCUGGAUGAAGGAGAAGAAAUCCUCCAAGAAAGCUACCCAGGCUCCAUCCUCUUCUUCCUCCUCUUUCCCCCCAUCAUCUUCCUCUGCCCCAAUACCUCUGCAGGCCCCGGCGGACCCCCAGGGGCUGGCAGACACGAGCGGCUCCAGGAGGCUCCGCACCGCUUACACCAACACUCAGCUGCUGGAGCUGGAGAAGGAAUUUCACUUCAACAAAUACCUCUGCAGGCCCCGGCGGGUGGAGAUCGCGGCUCUGCUCGACCUCACCGAGCGGCAAGUAAAGGUCUGGUUCCAGAACCGCCGGAUGAAGCACAAGAGGCAAACCCAGUACAAAGAACCCCCCGACGGGGAUCUCCCCUACCCCGGCCUGGACGAGGGCAGCGACCCGGCGGAGGAGGCCGAGGAGAGCCCGCAAUGA